AUUUGAAAAAAAAAAUAUAAAAAAUAUUAAUAUGGCAUCAUCAAUAGGACCAUGGUUGGGUGGUGGUGGACGAAGUAGAGAUAUGGGUUUUGUAAGCCCAUUUUCAUCUGAUGUAUUGGGCCUGGGCUUUGGUGGUGAAUUGGGCUUUGGUAAUGGAUUGGGCUUUAGGCGUGAUGGUGAUGAUGAAAUUUCUGCUUUGGCCCAUGCUAGUGUCGACUGGCGUGAAACUGAUCAAGCUCAUGUUUUUCGUGUUGAUAUUCCUGGUAUGAGGAAGGAAGAUUUAAAGGUUCAGAUCGAAGAUGACAACAUAUUGGAGAUUAGCGGUGAAAGAGUAAAAGAGGAAGAAAAAGGUGAUGACAAGUGGCACCGCGUGGAGUGUAAACAUGGCAGUUUCUGCAGAAAAUUCCGGCUACCGGAAAAUGCCAACGUGGAAGGUAUAAGUUGUGGACUGGAAAAUGGAGUUUUAACAGUGAAUGUACCCAAAAAAGAAACACAGCAGGUUCCUAAAAAUGUUAAGUCUAUAGACAUAACUUAGAUCUAUCACUUUGGAUUUCGACUUUGCUAGUCAUAUUUUACUUGUAGUUUUUGCGCCUGUGAAUAUAGUAUGUGUGUAUUAAGGCUUUUAAAUAAGUGGAUCACUUGUAUGUACAAAUUAUAUCAAAUAGUAUUGUUUUUUUUUU